AUGACCACCAACCAGCCAGUUUCGGCAGUGCUUCUCGCUAUCCCUGACCUUCCUGAGUCCCGCCGUGCGAAGAAGAGAGAGCUUGACCGACGCGCCCAGCGAGCUGCUCGCGAGCGGAACAAGAAUCGCAUUGCCUAUCUCGAGGCGACUAUCCAGGCUAUGAGUGAGAAUGAGCAAAACGGAAAGAUUGCCGGCCUCAUGAGCCAACUGUCAGACAUGACGAGACAGAGAGACAAUCUAGUCAGAACACUCUCCUCAAUGGAGACAACCAUCCAAAUAGACCGAGAAAUAAAUGAAGUUGAAGACCCGCCUAUGGAUCAGGCCACCCAAACCCUGAGUUCACCUUCGCAAAGCCAAAAUUGGUUGAGCGGAUGCAGGGUAUCAGACGCAUUUAGCCUGGACAUGGCGGACGUAGCUGUCGAGUUUUCCACCCCUGGCACCAUGACUAUGGCCUGGAGCCUGCCGGUGCAUGAUACAGCCGGUAGCGGUAUUGCAACAGAGACGGACCUACCCACAUACGUUCCCGCCCAAUCUUCUCUGACUCUAGCAAGGCACCCUAGCAUUCAGCCUUUGCCCAACCCCCUUCUGUCUCACAGUGGAGGUAGCAGUGUCAUCCUGCCGGAACCGGGUGCUGUCUGCGAGUGCUCGUUCUCAAUACAAGACCCUGAGAGCCCUAUAGCGUUCACCAAAAGCAUCUGGCGAUCGGCGAACGAAGCCCUUAGCGGUUGCGAUAUGUUACAGGAGUAUGUUAAGCAUGGAAGAGCGAUGGUUGACGAUUUUCCACCACGAGUCAUUAUUGAAGGUUGGGAGGCCGUUGAGCGUUUAAGGGAGUUACCGCCUCUAUGUGAGAGACUUCGACGGAUCGACACCCUUCAGUUCAGCAACUGUCCGGAUACCGAGCGGCUAGCAAUCCUGGGAUGA